AUGGUGAAGGCUCUCCUAGCAAAAAGGUUGCAAACCGCUGAUCUAAUGAGUCCACCACCUGGUCUAUUUUUAUACAAUUUCUUUGUGAAUGCGGCGUACAUGUUUGUUGCGUCGGAUGGCACAGUCGAGCACGUACCACCGUAUAGGAUGCCGCCGGCGCCGGACGCGGCGUUACCCGGUGCACCGGCCCCAUCAGCACCUGCUGCUCUUCACACACACUCCGCGAAGUUCCCUAUAGAACGCGAAGUGAUCCUUUCAUCUGGUGACAAAAACUCCAAAGUACCGAUACUACAGGAGGCCAGAAAGAGAGGCAGGCUCGGUGCAGUGGCUCCUGAUGCCCCACCGAAGGCUCUCUCAGCUUGGACACAUGCUGAGAAUCAACAAGCCGGCACUUCAGCUGAGUUUAGGCAGUACCAUGAUCAAUACGGAUACAACGUGAACCAGAAUCAAGGAGCUGUCCCAAGAAACAUACAGAAUUAUGAUUCCCCAAAACCUCCCAUACCAGCUAAGACUUAUGGCAAAGUAGACACCCCAAACAAUUCGCAAUUAAUAACUGUGACUGUUGAAACGGGCAAAGAUAACACAAGAGAUGCACCCAAAAGCGCAAAAUCUGUAAGUAAAACUUACCAUACACUCAAAGAUAUGAUCUCAAGCAGAUUUAAAAGUAAAGAUGCCAAUGAUGGUGAUAAAAGUAAUGAGCAAGAGCCAGGAUUGAAUAAUAGUGAGGAGAGGAAAAGACCAGAGAUUGAAAGACGGCCCGAGCCGCCUGAACAGGUGACGCCUAGAGAGAACGGCCCUAGGAAGGUAGAGCAGGGGAUUUAUGGAAGGCCAAUGACACAGACGAGGCCAGAAAUGCAGUACAGCCACGGACUCACCAACAAUAUGGCAUAUCCUAGUCCUUCACCACACAGGCAACUGAUGCAGCAGCAAAUGGUCCACUCACAAAUGAUGAUGAGCCCCCAGGCUAGAUCUCAGGAAAUGUUGGCGAGCACUCCUCACCGACAGCCGCAAGCCCUCGGUGCAGAUGCCUUGUAUCAACAGUACGGCCCUCCCGGCCGGAGGAGUGCUUUGUAUCAGAGGGAUUUAGAUGUCAGAUCUAUGGCUAACUUCACAUCAUUGAAGAGUGGUCCCCAAACUCAGUUUGACAAUUCACAUUCAAGACCCGAUCUCAGAAGUCCACAGCAAUUAGAAAGAGAAAUAAUCAGACAAAGAGGCUUAGUUGAAGGGAGACGUGCAGCUUCACAUCCUCACCUUCUAGACGAGCCCCAUCACAGACCCGAAGUCACUACUCCUCAAAUACAUGAUCAAGGAAGACGAAACUCUCAUGGAAAUCUGUUAGAAGUGGCCAAUGAAAUACCUCGACAUUGCGAAGAACGGGAAUCUGAUGACGGUGGCUUUCGGGCUAGGCUUGCUGCUCAAGGCAGGUCUAGCUUUGAAGAGAGAAUCCGUACAAGUGGAAGGUCUGUAGAGUCUCAUAGACAAGAAAAUGCUUACAGAAGAACCCCUGAUAUGCAUAAAGAACGACGAACACCGGACACCCACAAAGAACGUAGAACGCCGGAUAGUCACAAAGAAAGAAGAACCCCAGACUCUGUAAGACAAAAAAGAGAUGAAGCAUCCACUUCUCAAGAUAGAAUUAACGAUGAGAGUGCAAGUCAAAAGUCUGCCGAUAGCGUGUACAAUUCUAGUGGGAAAGUGGAAGUUUACAAUCCUCAGCCGUCUUCUUCGAGGCAGACGCCGAAUAGGAUAGAAGAUUUGAAAGCUCACGGGAAGAAAGGAGCAGGGUCAGGCGCUAGUUCAGAUUACGACAAAAACGGCGGUCAGUCAUCCAACGUGGACUCAGGUCGCGGCAGCGUGGCGUACUCUAGCGGCAGACGACCAGAACCAUUACACGACACCUCAGCUGAUUCCGACGCGCUGGGAACUCGCCAGCCGCAGCCUGGAACCAGCCAACAACCUCCUGUACCAACUGUUGAAAACGACUGGGUGGAAUGUGAACUUCGACACAUAUUAGAACCAAAACUGGCGGGUAUGAGGCUGGACUCCUCUGCCUCGUCAGACACGUCAGUCACUCCUCCCCUACCACCGCUGUCCCCGUCUUCUGAUAUGCACAAGAGGAACAGUCUCCCGGGGAGAUCAUCAGAGUACCCAGAAGAGAGGAGACGCGGCCGCGAGUCGCCGCGCUGGCACUCCCACUCACACAAGAAACACUCUUCCAAACGAGAUCACCAUUACAAAAAGCAUUUAUUCGGUCUGGACACGACGGACGUGACGUCCACGACGACCCGCAGCCUGGACCUGUCGUCGCUGCUGGAGGGGCGCUCGGACAGCUCCGCGUCGGGCUCGGCGCGCGCCAUCCGGCGCCAGCUGCGCGGGCUCGAGAACAUGUACGCCGAGGUGCUGCAGCUGCUCGGCGUCAGGAAACCCGCCAGCCUCGCCAAGCAACCCACCUGGGAGUCCAGGUUAUCGUCAAAGCGUCGUUACGGCAGCAUGUCCUCUCUCCCCUCCAGCUCCGUCAGUAGUCGGCCCGUGAGGGACAAGAGACGGAGUACUACAGAGCAUAGGAAGAAACAUGAUUAUAAGGGCAUAAACAAGCGGUUCCAGCGCCUAGAGUCCCACGUUGUGACAUUAGCUCGGUCAGUUGCUCAUCUAUCCAGCGAGAUGCGGACCCAGCAUCUCGUCAUGCAAGAGAUGGACAACAUCAGGGCGGAGAUCACCGCCCUUAGACAUAUGUACAAAUCCCAGCAGUACAUCAGGUCAGGUCACCACGGCCGCCAACUGGACCCGUACUCCUUCAGCAACCCUGAUCGUGUGAAGAGACUCACCAAGUUCUUCGGUGACGAGCCUCCGCUCAUGAGGUUGUUCCUUAAGAAGCUUGGCUAUGAGAAAUACGCAGCUUUAUUAGAAAAGGAGAAAGUGGGAGCAGCAGAAUUGCCCUACGUUGGCGAGGACAAACUUCGAGCACUUGGCGUUCCCUUGGGACCCCGGAUGAGGAUAUUGAAGGAAGCUGGCAUUCACCAGGAGCUGCACCAUUUGUCAAGAGACGAUCCACACAACACAACGACCACGCUAGCUAUCGUUUAA